GCUUUACGGCUGCCCUGCUUUACCUACUCGCAAGCAUGGAGGCAGAGAAAUCCGAGAAGGCAGCCGCUGAGCUGGAACCUCUGGAAGGGAGUGAUCAGAAAUCAGAGGCAGAGGAGGAACAGGAGGAAUCCGAAGGGGCGGCUGGCGGCAGCAAGAAACGGGUAGUGCCAGGUAUUGUGUACCUGGGCCACAUACCGCCCCGCUUUAGGCCUUUGCACGUACGGAACCUUCUCAGCGCCUACGGCGAGGUCGGGCGCGUUUUUUUCCAGCCGGAAGACGGGUUCGUGAGGCGCAAGAAGAAGGCAGCGGCAGCCCACGCUGCGGGAGGAAAAAAGCGGUCCAAGUACAGCAAGGACUACACCGAGGGCUGGGUGGAGUUCCGGGACAAGCGAGUAGCCAAGCGUGUGGCGGCCAGUCUUCACAACACGCCCAUGGGCUCCCGCAGGCGCAGCCCCUUCCGUUAUGACCUGUGGAACCUCAGGUACCUGCACCGUUUUACCUGGUCCCACCUCAGCGAGCAUCUUGCUUUUGAGCGCCAGGUACGCAGGCAGCGCCUGAGGGCUGAGGUUGCCCAGGCCAAGCGUGAGACUGACUUCUAUCUUCGAAGCGUGGAGCGCGGACAGCGUUUCCUUGCCGCUGAUGGGGACUCUACCCGCCCGAACGUCUCCUGGGCCUUUGCCCAGCGUCCUACUGAACAGGAGCUGAGGGCCCGGAAGGCAGCUCGGCCAGGAGGACGUGAACGGGCUCGCCUGGCCAACGCUCAGGACCAGGCCCGCUCCAACAGAGGGCUUCUUGCCAAGAUCUUUGGAUCCCCCACCCCCUCAGCGAGCAUGGAGGACUCCUCACUGGUCAGGAACCCUUGAAGGGCAGGGAGGCCCCUUCCACCUCCUAGCCCAGCCCAGCGUCCUAUCUACCUGAUAAUGACUACCCAGGCAGACAUUUUAUUGUGUUUCUCAAACCAGGAGUGAGUGCUCAAGACAUAAAAGUUUUGAAGGCCUCUCCUUCCCCCUCCAAUUCCUGUACAUGCCUCGCUGAUGCACUUAAUUCUUACUAGCAUGAUUAUGACUACUGCACAUGUCUGUUUUGCCUUGUUUGAUUCUUGGCGACCUGCCUCCUGCCCACUGGGGGCCUCUAAAAAUCCUGCUUUCUGGCCCCAGGAAGAGCCUUUACUUUGAACUAGACUGAUAAUGGCUAGUCCAGACAGCUGUUUACCCACCACAUUACUGGGCAUCAGCAACAUCCUUUUUAUUUAGAAAAGAUUAAUAAGGACAGGGCUUAAUGGGUUAGAGUGGCUUGGGAGCCACCUUCCAAAUGUAUUUAUAGAAAAGAAAAAAUAUAUAUAUAUUUUAUAUGCCUUUAUAGUUUAUGGGGGGUGGGGAUGGUCAUUGGAUAAGUUCCAACUUCUGUCUGUGUCCCAUUCACUCACCUUCACUCCAUCUCCUGGUCUCAGACCCUCCCACUCCCCCCGAAUUCAACCUGGACCCUUUUCUAUGUAUCUAAUCAAUUUCUUAGGCCAUGUUAUUAAUAGUUAUCUAAUGCAGCAUUUACUAAGUCGCUGUAUGAGGACACAGAGCGGACCCUUGGGCCUCGGACCGGUAUUGGCAGCACAGCAGGAGGUAAGCGGUGGGCAAGAGAGCAAAGCUUCAUCUGGCUCUCCCCAUCACGCGCAUUGCCGCUCCCCAUCACGCGCAUUGCCGCCUGAACCAUUCCCGCACCCCACCUGGCCCCUGUCCGUGGGAAAAUUGUCUUUCACGGAACCGGUCCCUGAUGCCAAAAAGGUUGGGGACCGCUGUUACAGACCACUUAAAAAAAGAUAAAUGUUUAAGAAAUAAAUGCACAGAAGUACUACAGGCAUCAUGGUAGAUGUGUAUAAGGGGUAGAGUGGGGCCAUGGGAAGACACGGGUGACUCCAUCUGCAUGUGUAGUCGGGGAGGUCUCCUGACUUCAAGAAUGAGGAAUAUGUGGACUCUUAUCGUCUAUCUGGGCAGAGCCCAGACUCCUCUCUCAAUUGUCCUGUUGUUCCCGGCUGGAGUAUCCGUCCACAAGGAAGGAAGGAACUCAAACCGUUUGCCCUGGGGGCCCAUCUGUCUCCUGCCUCAAAAUACCAAAAGAGAAAAAUCUCUUUUUCUCAAGAAAUUGGCCACAAGAGAAAGGGUUAACCUGUAUUUGAAACAGCUUCCAUGAUGAAUAUUUUCUUUAUCUAGAACCACAAUAAGUUAUAAAUGUUAAAUAUCUGGGACAGUUACUUAUUCACUGUCCACUCUGUGUGGUACCCUGGUAAACCAACAUACACGAUACGGUCAGGACUGGAAAAGGAUGAGCAGAGACUUUGCAGUCAGGUGGCAUUAAUCACACUCAAGCUCCACCAUACCAACGUGCAUGUCCUCUGACAAGUUAUUUCUACGUGCUUCAUUUUAUUUCCUUUACAUAGUAGAAAUAACUUUUUAAGUUGUGAUUAUUAAACAAGAUAUCAAUGCAAACCACAGCAUCUGGACAGGGCAUCUGACUUCUCAAGAAACAUAACCUAUUAUUAGGAUUACAUCCAUAAAUUUAUCAUAUGUCAGUAUGUAGUGAAUUCUGUAACAGAUGAAGAGAGCAUUUUGAAUGUCAUUGCCUAUAUAGUAAAGUAAAAUAACUAAUAUUCUGUUGUUUCCAAGAGAUACUAACUUUUGCAUUUAUGUAAUCUUAUCUGUACACCAAAUUUAGAGACUAACCAGGACUACUACUUAUACAAUUACAUAGAUGAUGAACUUCCAGUUCAGAAUAAUUGGUAAAUAACUGCAUGUAAUUUAUACAUCAUGAAGAGAUGAUUUAAUUGUGGAUGAGGAAGUAAAAAAAUCAAAAUUAUGAUUUAUUUCAGUCUGAAAGGGCAGUUCUUGAGAUUUCCCUACCCAGAGGAGGAUUUAACUGAAGCUUAAGUCCAUUAGAAGGACCUAGCAGUUUUUUAUUCACCAUUGUAUUUUCUUUUUUUCUUAAAGAGGGCCCCUCAAUGUCUUAGAAGUUUCAAGCCCAGCCAGAAUUGGCCUAUCCUUGCUCUCAUCCCUUCAUUGGUAGAAGGCCUAUGCGAUUCUAUCAUCCAGAGACUGUCUGCAUCUCCUGCCUUAAUGUUGGGCUGUGGCAAGUGACCCAUCAUUGCACUGUGGGUAUCGUUUGCAAACAGUAUCUUUUCUGUUUUCUCCUACUCUCGUCCUCCCUGCUCUGGAGAUUCAUGUCCACUCUAGACUGCCCUUCCUCCAAAUUUUGUGGUGAAAUUAGCAUCUGUGUGUGUGGUUUGUGGGAGGAGACUAUGAGGGCUAUAAUGUGCUUUGAUCUAGUCUACUUGGACACUAGUACUAAUUAAGAACACUGAUCAAAUCCAUAUUUAGCCUUUUGCUUUUUCUGGAAUACACUAGGUUUUAGAUCCAGAGCCUUCAUGAUAAUAACGUGAUGGUAUAUUUACUUUUAACCUAAUAACACUUCAAUUUUACUGUAGUAUUUUAUGCUGAAUAAAAUUCAAAUGAAAUCAA